UUUCUAUGUAUUUAUUCUGCAUGAAUCGACAUGUAAACUGUCCUCGAAGUAUCCAUGUCCAGCCAAUCACACGUGCCGCGUUUCGUUGAGUCGCGCCCCUGCACGCUGCACGCCUCCCGCAGAGCCCCGCGCCAAAAAGUUUCCAGCCGACCCCGCCAGAACCGUCAACACCAGAAACGUCAACACCGUACACCACCACACAACCAUGACGGCGCUCGCAGGCGCUCCCGUCCUCUCGACGCCCGAAGCGCACCUCUUCGAGGCCCCCGCGCCCGUCGCCACGUCGGCCCCGCUGUCGGACGAGCAGGUGUCGCUGACUUAUGAGAUUGCGCGCACGGUGCAGGAGAUCCGCGCCGGGAGGUGGAAGAGAGUCGCGCUGCAGUUCCCGGACCACAUGCUAGGCGAUGCGCCGCGCGUGUUCGAGCAGCUGAGCCGCGGGCUGGCGGCGCGGAGGGCUGAAGGCGGCGAGCGCGCGGGUGUCAAGACGACUGAAGCCACGACCGUCUCGACGACCGCGCUCGCCGCGCAGCUGGAGACCAACAUGGGGCUCGCCGACCCGCCCGACGACACGGAGCGCCUGUUCAUCCUCGGCGACACGGCGUACGGCGCGUGCUGCGUCGACGAAGUAGCCGCCGAGCACGUCGACGCCGACUGCGUCGUGCACUACGGCCGCUCGUGCCUGUCGCCGCCCGCCCGCCUGCCCGUCAUCUACGUCUUCACCGCGCCGCCGCUGGACCUGGCGCGCUGCGCCGCCGCGUUCGCCGCCACGUACCCGGACCGCGCCGCCCGCGUCGUGCUCAUGGCCGAUAUCCCGUUUGCGCACCACCUGCCCGCGCUGGAGGAGCGGCUGCGCGCCGAUGGAUACUCCGCGCUGUUCGCAACGCAGCUGCGCCACGACCCCGCCGCCGCGCUGCCCAACCGCAGUGUCCCCGCGUCCCCCGCGCUGAGCGAGUGGGCCCUGUUCCACGUCGCGCCGCCGCCGACCGCGCUCCUCCUCACGCUCGCCUCGCGCGUGGCAUCGACACACAUCUACACGCCCCCCGCGCCGGGAACAGACCCGCCAGCCACAGACCCCGUCCCGCCCGCCGACGAAGCACGCGCCCACCCCGCCCUGCGCCGCCGCUACGCGCUCCUCUCGACCCUCCCCUCCGCGCCCAUAAUCGGCAUCCUCCUCGGCACCCUGAACGCCACGCACCUCCCGGUCCUCGCCGCGGUCCAGCGCCUCAUCGCCGCCGCGGGCAAGAAAUCGUACACCCUGGUCGUCGGCAAAGUCAAUGUCCCGAAGCUGGCGAAUUUCAGCGAGGUGGGCGCGUGGGUCGUCGUCGGGUGCUGGGAGAGCGGGGUCGUGGACGGCGAGGGGUUUUGGCGGCCUGUGGUUACGGCGUGGGAGGCGCGGGUGGCGCUGGAGGGGGCGUGGACGGGGGAGUGGAGGGGGGAUUAUGUGCCGGGGAGCGCAGGUGCAGACGGAGAAGGAGGGGAAGGGGGAGAGGGAGGGGAGGCCGAGCAGGACGGUGAUGUGGAUGUGGAUGUGGAUGCGGAUGUGGAUGCACACGCAGACGGCGACGCAGACGGCGACGCAGACUCAGAGGAGGAAUCAGAACCCCCCGAAUUCGACCUCCGCACCGGCCGCUACGUCUCGCACGCCCGCCCCAUGCGCCGCGCCGCCCCGCGCCCGGCCACGAACCACACAUCGCCAGACGGCACAUCGCCAGACGGCACAUCUGCAACCCCCGCGUCUGCAGACACUGCCUCCACAGCACUAGCCAAACGCGCACCCACCGCGCUAGCUUCCAUCAACGGCGUCGUGUCCCCCGGCGCCGAGUUCCUGAGGUCUGGGCGCGGGUGGGUUGGGCUGGGGAGUGAUUUUCACACUGCUGAUGGUGAAGAGGAUGGCGAUGGCGGUGGUAAUGGUGGUGAUGGGAAUGGUGGAGGGCGGGCGGCGCGGAUGGAGGAGGGACGGCGGGGGAUUGCGCGGGGGUAUCGGGUGGGCGAGGGGGGGACGCACUGAGAUAGCUGCCGUCACAGUAGCCUUACAAACAAAUGCCAGGACGCGAGAUGGCGAGUUCGUGCGAUUGAACGCGCGUGAGACUGGUGACUUGACGUGCAUACCCUACGGUGAUAACAACGACAGCAAUAGUAGUAGCAGCAGCGCAGCAGCACGGCAAUCCCAUUGCAAUACCACGUCGUCUACCAAAUCCGCUUCCCCACCAUCGCAUACCGACUCACGCCCCCCAACCCC